UGUAUCGGCUAACUUUACUUUUGGGUACUUUGACCAGAAAUGCCCAGUGGGGGCAUUUUGGGCGGGGCCCUUAAGCAUUGGCAAAUACCCCAGCCGUAUAAUUAUCUUUAGUUUUUUUCGUCCGUUAGUCGGCCGCCAUAGCCAAAGCUUGUCGACCUCCACCAAGAACACACUACGCGCUCUCUCUCUCUCUCUCCCUCAUCUCUUCUUGUCCAAUUCGAUGUCACGGCGCAUCGCCAGCACCGGCGCGGCCGCCAGAUGCCAAAUGCGGGUGUCGGAUUCGCGCGGCCGAUCUGUUCUUGGGGGAUUCUGCUGUUAGGUCGGGGUAGAUCCAGGGCAAUUUGGUGCCCGGAAUUGCUGAGGAGCAAUCGGAGCUGCGGUUGAAUCGAAUCGGUCUGGAAUGGGGGACGGGGAGAAGAAGGAGGAGAAGAAGGAGGAUGCGAAGCCGCUGGAGCCCGUGACUGUGGUGCUCAAGGUGAAAAUUCACUGCCUGGGAUGCGAGAAGAAGGUGAAGAAAUCGCUCAGCAAGGUGAAAGGGCUUAUGUCGCUGGACGUGAAUCGCAGCGAAGGAAAGGUGACGGUUAAAGGGUUUGUGGAUCCCAAGGAGGUGCUCAAGAGGGCCAAGAAGACGGGAAAGCAGGCGGAUUUCUGGCCAUCUCCUCCUCCGCCACCCAAAGAGGAGAAGAAAUCAUCCGACGAGGAGAAAUCCGAGAAGAAGGAAGAGAAGAAGGAGAAGGAGGAGAAGAAGGAGACGAAGGAAGAGAAGAAGAAAGAAGAGAAGAAAGAAGAGAAGGCCGAAGAGAAGAAGGAGGAGAAGAAGAAAGAAGAGAAGAAAGAGGAGAAGAAAGAAGAGAAGGCCGAAGAGAAGGAGGAGAAGAAGAAAGAAGAGAAGAAAGAGGAGAAGGCCGAAGAGAAGGAGGAGAAGAAGGAGGAGAAGAAGAAGGAAGAGAAGAAGGAAGAGAAGGAGGAGAAGAAGGAGAAGAAGGAAGAGGAGGAGGAGAGAUACGAGGAAAGAUAUGAGGAGAGGGAGAGGGAUUACUACAGACCGGAGCCGGAGCCAUGGACGCUGUCCAACCAGCCUCCAAUGCAGUUCGAGACGGUGAGGAUCAUAGCGCCGCAGUACUUUAGCGACGAGAACCCAAACGCGUGCUCGCUUAUGUGAUCGAUGAUCAAAGCAAUGGUUCGUCCCUCUCCUCGAUCUCGUGCGAUCGAGAUCUCUGGUCGAUCGAUCGAUCUGGAGCCAUAGUUUUUCGAUCUCUCUUGGGUUCUAUCAGAUCAGGGAGACAGGGGCGAGGAUUCCUCGCACAGGAAACUAGGCAGGGAGAAUGUGUAUAGAGCCAGCAGAGAUGUUUUUCCGGGUUUAUUGUAAAUAAAAGUCCUCCUAAAACGACGCUUAGCACUCGUC